UCCGCUGUCGUUUUCGUUAGCCGCGAAGCCGUUGUUGGAAGUUUCGAUUUAUCAAUAAUUUGAGUUUACAAGUGUCAGCAGUUUAGCUUGUCAGCUUAUCUGCUGUGUGGUGUCAGUGGGAAUUAAAAUGUUUUCCGUGUCGAUGACAGUCCAGCCACAGGUGACUGUCCCUCUAAGUCACCUCAUCAACGUCCUGCACUCCCUGAAGAGCUCAGUAGCAAGCAGCAACAGUGCCACCACCAAAUCUAAGAAACAGAAGGAGCAUACCUCAGAGUCCAACCUACAUGGCACAGAGCCUGUGUGGAGCCUGCGGGAGCUUGGUCUGUCAGAGUUAGGAGUGCAACAGCUGGAUGAGCUGGUGAACAGUGUUAUGCCUUGCCUCAGGCAACAGGAGGCACCACUCCCAUCGAAUCCUUCCAGCCAGACAACCUGGAGGACCUCACAUCUCUCCACACACUCUUUCUUUUACAACAAGCAUGGGUUCUCUGGCGGCUCUAAGGCUAUGGCCCCUCCUGUUUUUUGUAAACAGAGUCCAACACCUCUUCAAUCUGUGUGCUCAGAACUCCAGUACUGGCCAGUGUGGGUACAGAGCAGAGGUUUUAAAACCCUGAGAAACAAAACACGGCAUACGCAGUCAGCCUUUCACCGUCCUCUGGAAUCUGAUGGCUUCACGUCAUCAUUUAUGAAGGGUUUCCUGACGCGUGACAAGGGGUUGGAGAUUGAGACUCUCGACAGGCUAUUGAAGAGCAGGAACAUUCCUGAUGGACAUCAGGAAGCAUUCAAGAGUGGAUUCACUGAGGGUUUUCUGAAAGCUCAGGCCCUGACACAACGCACCCAAGACUCUUUGAGGAGGACUAGACUGAUUUUGCUGGUACUGCUUCUGGUCGGCCUGUACGGCAUCUCUAAGACACCUUUCCUAUCGGUGCGAUUCCGAACCACAUCAGGCCUGGACUCAGCAGUGGACCCUGUCCAGAUGAAAAAUGUGACAUUUGAGCAUGUCAAAGGGGUUGAAGAGGCCAAGAACGAGCUGCAGGAAGUCGUGGAGUUCCUCAGAAACCCGCAGAAGUUCACUGUUUUAGGAGGAAAGCUGCCCAAAGGCAUCUUACUGGUAGGUCCCCCAGGUACUGGUAAGACCCUGCUGGCCAGAGCAGUGGCAGGAGAGGCAGAUGUACCGUUCUACUAUGCCUCUGGGUCUGAGUUUGAUGAGAUGUUCGUUGGAGUGGGAGCCAGUCGCAUCAGGAACUUGUUCAGGGAGGCCAAAGCCAGUGCUCCCUGUGUGAUCUUUAUUGAUGAGCUGGAUAGCGUGGGUGGGAAGAGGAUCGAGUCUCCCAUGCACCCUUACUCCAGACAGACCAUCAACCAGCUACUGGCUGAAAUGGAUGGGUUUAAACCAAAUGAAGGUGUGAUCAUCAUUGGAGCGACAAAUUUCCCAGAGGCUUUGGAUAAUGCGCUGAUCCGUCCAGGACGUUUUGACAUGCAGGUGACUGUACCCAAACCAGAUGUCAAAGGACGCACAGAGAUCCUCAACUGGUACCUCAAGAAGAUUAAAGUAGAUCCAGCUAUUGAGGCUAAUAUUAUUGCUCGGGGCACAGUGGGCUUCUCUGGUGCCGACCUGGAGAACCUGGUGAACCAGGCUGCCCUAAAGGCAGCAGUGGACGGAAAAGACAUGGUCACUAUGAAAGAAUUGGAGUUUGCCAAGGACAAGAUCCUCAUGGGUCCUGAGAGGAGGAGCGCAGAAAUAGAUAAGAAGAAUAAGCUCAUCACAGCGUACCAUGAGUCAGGCCAUGCCAUCAUUGCUUACUACACCAAAGACGCCAUGCCCAUUAAUAAGGCCACCAUCAUGCCUAGGGGACCCAGUCUAGGACAUGUGUCCAUGCUUCCAGAGAAUGAUCGCUGGAGUGAGACUCGCUCCCAGCUACUGGCCCAGAUGGAUGUCAGUAUGGGUGGUCGUGUUGCAGAGGAGCUCAUAUUCGGCAACGAGUACGUCACCACAGGAGCAUCCAGUGACUUUGACAGUGCCACCAAGAUAGCUGAAAUGAUGGUGACCAGAUUUGGAAUGUGUGAAAAGUUGGGUGUGAUGACCUACCCCAAUCUGACAAAGCAGAGUCCAGAGACACAAGCUGCUGUGGAGCAUGAAGUCAGGGUGCUGCUGAAGGACUCAUAUGAGCGGGCCAAGGCACUACUAAAGUCUCAUGCUAAGGAACAUAAGAAUCUAGCAGAUGCCCUCCUGAUGUAUGAGACACUGGAUGCCAAGGAAAUCCAGUUGGUCCUGGAGGGCAAGACCCUGGACACCAGAUGAAACCAAUCAGGCCGGAACACAAUUGAGGGAUCACUGGGGAAUGGGUCAGAUUUUGAGCGCUCAGGGGUAAUGUAAAGAGUGGAACUCAGGUAUGCUCAUGUGGGGUCUGAGUACAGGGUUUUAAAGCUCGCAGCCUCCAUUCAGAUCAUACAGUUGCUGAGGGAUGAUCUUUGAACCAUUUCACAUCUCUUGUGUUUAUACAGUCAUUGUGGAAUCUGAAUGGCACUCAUUAUAGGUAGCCUGAUAGUCUCACAUACUUCAUGAAAACCGGCCCAUGCUUAGAAAUGUAGAGUGUGUAUGUAGGAAAGAGAAGCAUGUACAGUGAAAGGGCUCAAAAGUGUUUCUAAAAGAACAUUCAGCUCAUGUUAAAUGCUACAGAUGACAAUGAAAAUAGCUCCUUAAAAGGUAAGGCAAAUCAACCCACCCAGCACUUUGUAUUAUACCUCUAAGAGGUAACAUGACAUAAGGAUUUGUUUGAUUUAGGUCCAACAUCUACUGUGCCUCCACAAGUACUCUAGCAUUACAUCUGUGUAGUAACUCAGAUUACUCCUUUUUUUUGUUGUUUGUUUGUUUUUUUGUGCUGUCCAUCCUUAAAGAUUUUGUCAAUUUGAAUGCUUAGGUCUGUUAUAUCUGAAGAGGAUUGAGUAUCGUCAUCAAUAUGGCUCAGGUUGCUUUAAAGAAGAGUGGGUCAUGAAUGUAAAUUUGCAUUUGAAACCUAAGAUAUUAGUGGAGGAUUGUAUUCUAAAUGUAUCUAUAUGACAUAUGCACAAAUAAGUUUGAAAUGUGAUCGUAUUACCAAUUCAGUCAUGCGUGUAACAGUUUGUUACGAGCUUCCUAGCAGUUUGUGUUCACAACCGCUACUUGUCUAGUACAUUGGCUGUCAAUUCCAGUCCUUGGGACCCCUUAGUGCUAUUGGUUUUCUGUUCUGCCAGAUAGUCAAUCACAUUCACCUGUUGUAUCAGGCCUAAAACCUCCCUCAUUAGUCGGCUCGAGUAGCUGGCAGCAUGAAAAACCAGCAAUAGUGAGGAGUACCAGGGAACAGAGCUCUGAGUCUCUUGUCUUGUGUAUCUCAAAGCUAGCUUGCCCACUAGAGAUACUUAUUCUCUCCUCUACUUCACCUGGCCAAGACACUGGUAUGUUUUUAAGGUGUCACUGAAGGCCAUCAUUGUAGGCUGCUACAAAUGUUAAUCAAUUAUCGUCUUAACAUUUGUUCCAGUUUUCUCAAUCUGAGAGGCUUGUCUGUACUGUGACAAAUAGAUGCUGUGACACUCUUCUAUCUCUUUUUGCCACUCCUGCAUGUUCCAAAGUUUGUCGUUAUGCUGAUAGUUCUAAUGGUGGCCUUUUUUGAAGUGCAAGUGUAAAUGUCAACUUUUGAACUAGGAACUUUAAAAAGUUGGUCAACGAUGCUUCGUAGCACUUAUGGCAAGUAUGUGACUCGAAAUGCACUCUGUAUGUAAUGUAUACAAAUGGAAUGGGAAAAUGCUGCUGCAUCCAAAAUGGACGCUUCAGGUCACCAUGUACCAAAUGUAGGUGAAAUGAAUUUGACAGUUCUGAGGGUUAUACAUUAAAUAAUUUAUUUCAGUGGUCUGAUCCAGGUAUUUGAAAGACAGCUCAAUACCAGGAUCAUAUUUACUUCGUUGCAAAUCAGUGGAUUCAGGGUUAUCUUAAUGCUUCUAUCAUUUGGGUGACCUACCAGGCCAUAUUUGUUUAACAGUAGCUGUUAUUUGCUGUGUCUGUUAUUGAACUCCAGCAGUGUGACAGACACCCUUAGUCAAUGUGACAUUGUUCUGUGUCCCCAAAAAAUGUGCAAAGGCAUCAAUCAGCCUGUUAUUAUUCAAUGUCUAAUACUCCAGUCAGAAUCAGAAUACUUCAUUCAUCCCCGAGGGGAAAUUGGGUAACAAGUGAGUAGCUCUAGCCGUGAUGGUAUCUAUAACCAUAUCUCGAUGUUUUACAACAGACUUUGAAAGUAAGGCUCAUCUAUAACCAGCCAAGUCACUUCUUUCUGGUGUUAUCUGUUUCUGGUUUCUUUGCCUGUCACAUGCUAUAAUUCUUUAUUGGCCUUCUACCCAUGAUAAGUUGUGUAUAUAUGGUUGAGACAUAAUGGGAACAUUGUAUAAAGAUGUAUAGUAAUGCUUGUAUUCUGUGUAAACAUUGAAAAUAGCUCUGGUUGAAAAGGUCAACAACGAGAUAACGAAAGUGAAUGAAUGUUUGCAGCUGAGAUAAAUGAAAAACGUAU